AUGGGCUGCUCUCCAUCACGUGGGAACGGUCUCCACUCAUUACGAAGAGGGAGAACUCUACUUCCAGGAACUAAUGAGAGACUUGGAGAAUCACAAUCUGACGAUGGGAGCAGUGGAGAAAGCUGUGAAAAGGACACAGAGAGAGAGAACUCAACAGUUCGGAACAACACAACUUCAGUACCAUUAGGGAGGAAAUUCUCUAUGACUGAGUCUGAAGGAGCUGCUUCUGCUAAAGUGGGUACACAAGAGAUUACCAUUGAUAUAUUAUCUCAAGGUAAGGAACGGCAAGAAGAAAAACGGGAGCCUUGUGAGAAAAAGGGUGCAAAGAAGUCAAAGAAAGGUCCUAAAAGUAUCAAACUAAACAGGAAGAAAGAAAAGGAAAGAACAUUUGUUAAUAAAGAAAUAGACUUUCCAGAGGCACUUGUGAAAGCUCAUCAAGCAGCAUAUGCAUAUCUUAACCCCAGCAUCGGUAAAUAUGAAGAUCUGUUGGAAUUAUUUGAUCAUGCAGCCCAAACCCAAAUUUCCUUGCAACCCAUGGUGGCAUUUUUGGUCUUACGCUAUGAAGAAAUAAACAAAGGGCUACAGGAAAUAGUGGAAGAGGGGGAGAUGAUGUUAAAGGGUAAUGGAGAACAUCUGGCUUGGCCUUGUGAAAAAAAGAAUUCCUCUCCACCCAACUCAGCAAAAAAUGUGACCGCUCCAACCUGCAGUGAGCCUCCACCAGACCUACUACAACAACUCCUUCAGUACACCGUACAAAGGAUGCGUCAGGUAGGUCAAUCAGUGUGUGGAAUUGGGGAUACUGCUCUGGAGGAGGCGGUGGAUUACUUUUCCUCUAUUACUGAAAUUCUAGAUGAGAAGCUCAGGACAAAACGUGCAUCAGAGUCUAGAUUAAUGCGGCUGCUCUCUCGGAUUGAGGCAGCAUCACAGAAAAAACCUGGCCCAGAAGACUCUGCACUAUUUAGUGAAGACAGUGGACUUGGAGCAGAAAGUGAGUCACUGGCAGGUUCAGAAAGACAACGCCAACGCAGAGAAAGUUCUGAGUCAACUGGAACAAUUUAUGCAACAUCAGGUAGCCCUUGCAGUUCUACACCAGUUCACCAAGGCUCAUACAAAGGCAGACUUCUCAAAACAAUAAGCAAAAGCAGCUCUCUUAACUCAAUAGACUCAACUUGCACUAUUACAGAAAAAGGGCACAGGGAUACAGAAUCUCUACUUGGCUUUGUCUCCUUGGAUGAAGGUGGUGCGGAUGAUGUGGAGGAUGGUAGUGAAGAGGAAAAUUGCAAGGAUAAAAGAAGUAAACAAACAGAUUUUUUUACUCUUGACUGUAGGCAACCACGUCGUUUACCAGCAAAGCGAAUUGAGAACCCACAAAAUGUUGAAAUGACAUUAAAGCUAAAAGAUGCCAUUAGUGGUCGAAUUAAUUUUUUACCAUCUCAAGGCCAGGGAGAAAAAGCAAAACAGGCAGAAAACCCAAACAGCAGUAGUCAAUGGACUGAGGAUGGUGACAAAAGUUCUAAAAGACCCCAAACAGCUGCGUAUAGAACAUCUAAGAAAAAGACUACAGUUAAUAAACGGUCAAGAUCAGCAGACUCUCUGCGUAAUAAAGCAGAAGAUCCUACACUCAUUGAACUUGAGAGAACUCAAAAGGAACUCAACCAAAGGCUGGAGAGAAUGACCAAUGUUAAGUGUGAGGGAAAUACAAAGCCAGGCUCAUCUAAAAAAAUCCAGCAUCCUCAAAUACAACCCAUUUCAUCAAUUGCUGCUGAUAGGCAGCGUUCUUUAAACAGGAACAUUUUUUCUCCAAGUAAUCAACGAAAGGCAUGCAAUGCGAAAUUUGAGCAUGAACAUGCAAAGGAAGAGAUAGAGGACAAAAAGAAAAAGGACAAAGGAAAAGGAAAGGAAAAGGAAAAAGACAAGAAAGGUCCGCCUGUUAAGGGCCCAGUUAAGGUUAUACCUGUGCCAAGUCCUCCACCAUCACCCCGCCAAUCUUCAGGAUUGUAUAGAGAAAGGAAUUCUGUUAAAAAACUGAUUGACACUUUUAGUCAGAGCUUGGAGGAAAGUAAACAGAGCCCAGACCGUGCUAAAAUUCUUGGACCUCUUAAAGGUGUUAGAAAGUGUGGUGUUCCCAUCAUUCCAGGUUUAGGUCUCUCUGCCACAUUAUCGUUUAAUGAAAAUAGUAUGUUCAGUAGUCAAGGGGAAUCACGAUGCUCUGAAAGGACAGAGGAUCUUGACAUUGACAAUCUACCACCCCCUCCACUUGAGGUUCUCAUGGACAAUUCCUUUGAAAAUGUACAAACAAAGGACACACGAGAAAAUGUAUCAAGCAGAGGCCGAUCCGCCCUCCCAAAGCGGACUGCAAUGUCUCAGAGGCUACGAGCCUCUCUGCAGUCUGUUACGGUGCUACCCAGUAAGGGGAAUUUGUGUAAGCCCUCUGUUAGCAUGUCUCCAGUUCGUUCCAUGUACCAGGAUACCAGAGGAGUUGUAAAAGGUGGUCAUCAUGAUUCCAGCAAUGAAACAGACACAGAAAGUGAGGAGGCUGCCUCCCUCUACAAACAAGCAAGAAAGAUCAUCCACUUGAGGCAUUCUUCUGACUCACUGGCAGAGAAACAUACAGCUGAGCAGGGCCACAGGCAGCUUUCUUCCAGCCAAAAUGACAUAGAGGUUUCACAAAAGGAGAACAAUACCAAUGAAACAGUGCCAAACAAUGCCUGUAAAAACCAAACCCCUGCUACUCCUAGUGCUUGCAGAACUCGCGUAUUGCCAUCUACACCUCUGUUACAUCGAAAACUCCCAAGUCCUCCAGUACUGAAAGGUCAACCCUCUACUUCAAAUUCAUCUAGCCCUCCUGUACUCCGUAAACUCCCAACCCCACCUUCUGCUGGCCAACGAACAUUGCCAAGCAGCCCAGCAUCACGUCAAGACCACAACCCCAUCACUGUGGCAGGAGUCACCUACCCCUUUAAGGCACCAUCACCUCCUGCUUCCCCAAAAGUGCAGCGCUGGUCUAGAGAAAACAGUAGUGAGGACUCUUCAAGAGUAUUUAGUAAUGCUCGAUCAGUGUUUUGUCCGGUAUCAUCAUCGUUAUUUGAGGCUCAGCCUGUUCCUACACCCACCCCUCAGGCAUGGGCAUCCUCCGGCAGCAGUGUUUUGCCUCGUCCCUGGGGUGAGCGUGGUCGGCUGCCAGUGUCUGCACGAGGGCCCCAGCCAUUCAUCCGGCGUAGCCAGUCAGACAGGAGGCCCAGUUUAAGCCUGCCCUCCAGGGUGCCAGUCAUCUCUGUGGCAGAGACAUGUGGGAGUGAACCAGCGAUUAGCACCCAUGGGCUGGAAGAUAUUCCAGUCAGAGAAGACAAGCCAUGGAGUGAGCCAACAGAAAUCAGAGGUGCAGUGCGGUCUGUCUCACAUCCAGACUUGUGCAUUGUGGGUCAAGGUCUACACAGGGAAUGGGAGAAAUGA